CCUUGCUGUAUGUCUGUGGUCGAGUUUGUUUUACGCUGGUGGUGUUUUUGUUUGAUAUUUGAAUUAUUUUGGGAGUGACCACGCCAGAUCUCUUAGUGAGAACUGUCUGUGGUUCCUGUUUUAAGAACUGCUGGAAGACAAAUUGAAUCUUUUAGACAUAACCAGCAGGAUACUUCAAGGGUUUCAACAAUGCGUGCUGUCACACCCCGGCUCACGACAGCGGAUCAGAAGCAAUUGUGUGAACUUUUGGGGAAAGUGAACUUCCAUUUACUUUACAAAGCGAGUGUUCACGGUUUCUGCCUUUAUUCUCUCCACAUGAAAUGUAAGUGUCAAGGACCAACAAUAACUGUCGGGUACAACAAGUCGGGUUUUAUUUUUGGAAAGUACAGAAUGGAAGAUUUUAUUGCCGGGUCUGAAGUGGAUAAUAAGGCUUUCCUUUUCCGACUGAACACGGAUGUACCGGGAGGAAAGCCAUUGAAGUUUCCUGUGAGACAAGAUGCUGUGGCAGUCAGUGAUCAUUACAAACACGAUCCAAAUUUCGGAAACAGUCUUGAAUUUAAGGUUAAUGCUAAAAAAGUUGAGUUGAGAUCUGAUGGCUCCUACAGUGUUACAAAUGGUGCCCUGUUUGGCCAAGAUGAAGACCUUGUUGAACUUGAAGUUUACCGGGUGGAAGAGAUAAAAGCUCCCUGGAGGAACAUAAACUGGACAAAAGAGAGCAAGCAAGAACUGCUGAAAUUCAUCAUGGAGUAUCAACCAUUUGCCAGCUCUGUCUCAAAGGCACGGGUUUUACUAAUUGGGCCAGUUGGAGGAGGCAAGUCUAGUUUUGUCAACUCUGUCAAUUCGGUUUUCCGUGGUCAUGUCACCAAUCGGACUCAGGUUGGAAGUGGAUCGAGAAGUACGACCACAAUGUAUUCGACAUACUCCUUCAGAAAUGACACUCCUCCUCUGAUCCUUUGUGAUACAAUGGGACUUGCAGAAGACACUGCGCCAGGGCUGCACAGUGAUGAUAUUAUCAGUAUCAUCAAAGGUUAUAUUCCGAACAAGUAUAAGUUUGCAGUUUAUUCACCAUUCAAAGCUGGUGACAUAUCACCAAGAGCUAUUAAUGAGAAGAUACAUUGUGUUGCAUAUGUGAUUGAUGUGAGUAAAACCCCUGUACUGUCCCCUGAAAUGAAAAUGAAAAUCUGUGCCAUCCGAUCAAAGAUUGAUGAAUUGGAGAUUCCACAGGUUGUCUUACUCACAAAAGUGGAUGAAGAAUGCCCGAUGGUUAGGAAAGAUGUGGAAACUGUCUACCGGAGUGAGCUCAUUGAAAAAAAGGUGAUGGAAGUUGGAAAACAACUUGGUAUUGCAGUUUCAUUCAUAAUUCCUGUGCAAAAUUAUUGGUCAGUUCAUGAGCUUCAUUAUGCUACAGAUAUUUUAAUACUCUCUGCUGUGGUACAGAUGUUACGAUUUGCAGAUGAUUAUUUUGAGAAUUCUGUUUAGUUUAUCACCAAACUGUGACAUAAGUUUCUCACAACUUUGUCUUUUCUGAGUCAUUGCUAGUUUUAGUUGGGAGAAUUCAAAUGCUAUGAGCAAUCAUUCCUCUGCUGCAUUUCACAAACUUGGAAUGAAUUGUUUUCCAAAGGUUUACAGAGGAAUGCUGAAAGGGUUAAUGAACCUGCCCUGAAUUCUGCAAAUGUUUUAUGGCCAUUGAGGUGUCUUUCUUUGCUGUUAUAUUAAUCAUUCUUUUUAUUAAGGAUAUUAUUAAAUUAGGAGUGCAGAAAAUCUUUACUAGGAUGCUACUUGGACUGGAAGGUUUGAGUCCGAAGAGAGGUUAGAUAAACUGGGAUUUUUUUCACUGGAGAAUAGGAGAUUGAGAGGUGACCUUUUUUUGAGGUUUAUAAAAUCUUGAGGGGCAUUGAUAAGGUAAAUAGCCACCAGCGUUUCCUCAUGAUAGGGGUGUCUGAAACUGGAGGGCAUGGGUUUAAGGUGAGAGGGGAGUGAUACAAAAGGAUCCAGAGGGACAGUUUGUUCACACAGAGGGUGGUGAGUGUCUGGAAGAGGCUGCCAGCGGCAGUGGUGGAAGCAAGUGCCAAUUUGUCAUUUAAGAAACAUUUUGCCGCACACACUGAUGGGAUAGGUACAGAGGGACAUGGAUCAAACACAAGCAAUUAGGACAGGUUUAAAUUGUGAAAACUGGGUGUCAUUAGCAAGUUAGUCCAAAAAGCCUGUUUCCAUGCUGUAGAUCACUAUCACUCGAUGUUAGAGUUUGCCUCCUGUGUGAAUUAACAUGCAGCGGGCUUUGUAAAACCCAUCUCUUAGAGUCAUAGAGACAAACAGCACACAAAUAGACCCUUCAGUCCAACUUGUCCAUUCCGACCAGAUAUCUUAACCUAAUCUGUUCCCAUUUGCCAGCAUUUGGCCCAUAUCCCUCUAAACCCUCCUACUCAUAUGCACAUGCAGAUGCCUUUUAAAUACUGGAAUUGUACCAGCCUCCACCACUUCCUCUGGCAGCUCAUUCCACACACGUACUCAGCCUGAAAAAGCUGCCCCUUACAUCCUUUUCAAAUCUUUCCCCUCUCACCCUAAACGUAUGCCCUCUAGUUCUGGACUCCCCCACCCCAGGGAAAAGACCAUAACUCUUUUCAUUAUCCAUUGCCCAUCAUGAUUUUAUAAACCUCUAUAAGUUCACCCUCAGCCUCCAUUGCUCCAGGGAAAACAGCCCCAGCCUAUUCAGCCUCUCCCUAUAGCUCAAAUUUUCCAACCCUGGCUAAGUUAAAAAUCACACACCAGGUUAUAGUCCAAGAGGUUUAAUUGGAAGCACACCAGCUUUCGGAGCACCGUUCCUUCAGGGAGCAGUGCUCCGAAAGCUAGUGUUUCUUUCAAUUAAAACUGUUGGACUAUAACCUGGUGUUGUGUGAUUUUUAACUUUGUCCACCCCAGUCCAACACCGGCAUCUCCAAAUCCGUCCAACCCUGGCAGCAUCCUUGUAAAUCUUUUCUGAACCCUUUCAGGUUUCACAACAUCCUUUCGAUAGGAGGUAGACCAGAAUUGUACACAUUAUUCCAAAACUGGACUAAUCAAUGUCCUGUACAGCUGCAACAUGACCUCCCAACCCAAAUUCUCAAUGCUCUGGCCAAUAAAGGAAAGCAUACCAAAUGCCUUCUUCACUAUCUUAUCCACCUGCGAGUCCACUGUCAAGGGACUAUGAACCUGUACACCAAGGUCGCUUUGUUCAGCAACACUCCCCAGGACCUUACCAUUAAGUGUAUAAGUCCUACUCUGAUUUGCCUUUCCAAAAUGCAGAACCUCACAUUUAUCUAAAUUGAACUCCAUCUGCCACUCCUUGGCCCAUUGGUCCAACUGAUCAAGGUCCCAUUGUACUCUGUGGUAACCUUCUUCACAUUUCACUGCAACUCCAAAGUUGGUGUCAUCUGCAAAUGUACUGGCUGUAGCUUCUUUGUUCACAUCCAAAUCGUUUAUAUAAAUGACAAAAAGCAGUGGACCAGCACCGAUCCUUUUUUUUAGAUUAGACUUACAGUGUGGAAACAGGCCCUUCGGCCCAACAAGUCCACACCGACCCGCCGAAGCGAAACCCACCCAUACCCCUACAUUACCCCUUACCUAACACUACGGGCAAUUUUAGCAUGGCCAAUUCACCUGACCCGCACAUCUUUGGACUGUGGGAGGAAACCGGAGCACCCGGAGGAAACCCACGCAGACACGGGGAGAACGUGCAAACUCCACACAGUCAGUCGCCUGAGUCGGGAAUUGAACCCGGGUCUUCAGGCGCUGUGAGGCAGCAGUGCUAACCACUGUGCCACCGUGCCGCCCACGGUGGCACAUCCCUGGUCACAGGCUUCCAUUUGGUCAUUAUCACCACCCUCUGUCUUCCACCUUUGAGCCAGUUUUGUAUCCAAAUGGCUAGUUCUACCUGUAUAUCAUGAGAUCUAAACUUGCUAACAAGUCUCCCAUGAGGAACCUUAUUGGGCACCUUACUGAAGUCCAUACAGAUCAUGUCUUGAUUAUAUCCUUCUUCACUUCCUAAGAAGUUGUGUUAGAUUUGAAAUGUUAACUAUGUUUCUCUCUCCACAGGUAACUGCUGGGUUUCUCUGGUACUUUCUGUUUUGAUUCCAUAUUAAGGUUGUCACAUAAACAAGUAGCACAAA